CCGCGGCAACUUGAAACAAACAUUGGUAUGAUGGUACCAUUUAUCUUUUAACUGAAAUAUUCAUAGAUAGCCAUGUUAUCUUUCUUACGUAAGAUAUCAAUAGGAGUAAAAAUAAGAGAUGGUGAUUUGCCAGGAAAUAUUAUGGGGAGUACCGAUGAAAUUUUUAAAAUAAAUGUUGGAAGCCGUUUCAUUGUGAAGGAUGAAGCAGAGCUCAAAGAAUGUGUUUAUGAUUUGUUGCGUACUAUUAAGGACCCUGAGAAGCCUGAGACUUUAGAAGAACUUGAUGUUGUUUACGAAGAAUGUAUACAUAUUUUAGAAGCCACUCCAAACGGAGUCACAGUCAUACGUGUAGAAUUUAAUCCGACUGUUCCACACUGUUCUCUUGCUACCCUUAUAGGUUUAUGCAUUCGAAUAAAAUUAGAACGGCAUUUACGAGCUAUGUUUAAGCUCGAAAUUUACAUUAGGGAAGGCGCUCAUGCAACAGAACAGGAAAUAAACAAACAGAUCAAUGACAAGGAAAGAAUUGCAGCUGCCAUGGAGAAUCCUAAUUUACGCAAUUUGGUUGAAAAAUGUAUCCAGGAGGAGGAUGAUUGAUAUAUAUAUAUAUAUAUAUUUAAAAAUUUGUCAUAAGGACAACCGCAGGACUUCGUCGGGAGCGGGUGCUAAUCUGAAAAAUUGCACCCGCUUCCGAAGUGACCGAAGAGACCGAGUGUCUCUCGACUGACACUGAUACUACUAACUUUUAUCGGCACAGAAAGAAAAAGACGUAGAAAAAAUAAUUGUUAAUAGCCAAUUAUUUAAUAACUUUGAAGCUUUAUUUCGUAAGUCAUUGUAUGACUUGCAGGUUGGAAACAGAACCUUAUAUUUGACUAAAAACCAAGUUUAAUCUUCUGAUAUUUCAAGUACGUAUAUGCACAACACGGCAGCUCUGUAAAUGUUACAAGAAUAGAUAUCUAAAUUCGACUGUCGUUGCUUGUUACUAGUACCAAUUCUCAAGUGGUGCUAACCUGCGGAUCAGUCGAUUUUACCGAUCCAGUCACUAUUCUUCACUGUUUACUCAAUUCUGCCAUUACGAAUUAUCAUCUCAGUCUUGACGGAUAAUAUAAAAAGAUCUAGUUUAUUUUGAGGGUAUAGACUAUAAUUUUGACGCCAUUAUAAACUGUAAAAAAUAUUGCUAACAAUUAUUUAUCAAUUAAACACAGUGUAACA